AGGAGCCAGGCAGCGGCUGCUACAGAGAGACUGUGCGCCCAAUGUCACCGGGCGUUGGAGAUAAGAUGGAAAUGACACCCAGUUUGUCGUGGCUGUCAUCCUGUGGCCUCACCCUGACACAAUCACCUGUUCAUCCUCACCCUUUCAACCUCUCACAUCCUUCUCCUCUUCCCUCCUCCUCACCCUGUGGCCUAUUAAUACCCCACAGACACAAAAGGCUCCUUUAAAGCCCCUGCCGACUGCAGCGAGCCUGAAUCUGAUAAUACGUGCUUCGCUGGUUCUUUGGACACAGCAAUAGGUGAGGGAAAGUGGAUGAUCGAAAGAAGACAUUUAAAAAUUAAAACAGCAGAACAGCUUUAAGCCUCCAGUGGCGAAGUGAACAGAUCAUCAUUUUUUGGCUGUUCUCAUCUGCAGCUUAACUAAGACUUUUUGGGGAGAGUGGCUCUUCAGAUACAAAUAUGUAUAGAAAUAUUAAGCAAGUUUUUUUCAAAAAGAAGCUGUAAAUAAUCUGUACUGAGUUGCCUGUACAACAACAAUGCAAAGACACAUAUGAAAGGAUUAAAGUUGGAAAUGGCUCACACACCUAAAGCUAUGGUCUAAGCCAGCUCCAUCCUGAGAGUCCCCCACAGGAUGACUGCUGUCUACCCCUCUGAGAGCAGCCCAGAUGGUGCUGAAGCUGGAACUGGGACAGCAGGCACCACUGGAAACAGCUCAGUUUCAGCAGAAGAUUCCAGGGAGUCUAACAGAGACUCUGGGGGAGAGUCCACCAUAGGGAAAGUUGUAGUUGCUGGUGGUCAAAAGUAUGCUCGCUGGAGUCGCCAGGAUAGCUCUGACAUUAACACAGACGAUGAGGGGGCCAGUGUCCGCCGCCUAACUCCUCUGGAAAGGCUUAACUUGGAUAUGUGUCAGGAUGAAAGGGUAGUCCGUGAGCUGACAGUGGGGAGAAGAAUUGCCUUCUACAAGAUUCGUGGUGAGAUAGGGUGUGGAAACUUCUCCCAUGUCAAACUAGGAAUUCAUGCUCUUACAAAAGACAAAGUGGCCAUUAAAAUCUUAGACAAAACUAAGCUGGAUCAGAAGACGCAGCGGUUACUUUCCAGAGAGAUCUCCAGUAUGGAAAAACUACACCACCCCAAUAUAAUACGUCUGUAUGAGGUGGUGGAGACCUUGUCACGGCUACACUUGGUGAUGGAGUUUGCAGGUGGAGGCGAGCUCUACACCAAGAUUACUACAGAAGGGAAACUUUCUGACACUGACAGCAAGAUUGUCUUUGCUCAGAUCCUCUCUGCUGUUAAACACAUGCAUGAAAACAACAUCAUCCAUCGUGACCUUAAAGCAGAAAAUGUUUUCUACACAAGCAGCUCUUGUGUCAAAGUUGGGGACUUUGGAUUCAGCACACUGAGCAGCCAUGAUGAGAUGCUCAACACUUUCUGUGGUUCUCCACCCUAUGCUGCUCCAGAGCUCUUCCGGGACGAACAUUAUGUUGGAGCUUAUGUAGAUAUUUGGGCUUUGGGAGUCAUGCUGUUUUUUAUGGUGACAGGCACCAUGCCAUUCAGGGCAGACACUGUGGCCAAAUUAAAGAGAUGCAUCAUGGAGGGGGCCUACACACUGCCCUCAUGGGUGCCAGAGGCAUGCCAGAGGCUAAUCGGGGGGAUUCUCCAGCCCAUUCCAUCUGACCGCUAUACGGUGGAGCAGAUGAUGGGCUGUGAGUGGCUUCUCCCUGUGGAAUUCCCAUGUGCCAUGGAGCCCUUUAAACUAGAUCCAUUUCAUCUCGCCGAGAGCAAACCAACAGAACUGCAGGAGGAAGAACUGGAGGUAAAGGCUGCAUUAGAGACUCUAGGAAUCACUUCAGAGCACAUCCUUAACAACCAGGGGAAAGACUGCAGAAGCUCCAUCACUGGGGUCUAUCGGAUCCUACUACAUCGGGCUCAGAAGAAAAGGGUUGUUGAGAGGGCCCCUGCUGUCACACAGAAAGUCGGACCGACUACAGCAAAUAAGAAGGAAAGGCUAAAAGCGUAUCGCAGUUUACGUCACACAUCUAAACUUUGUAUGAUUCUGUGACAAAAAAAAAAAUGUAUGCCUUGCUAUGGAAGGUGACUGAUUAUAUAUUCUGGGGUGAAAUUGCACAAAUUAGGAAUAGGAAUGCUUUUCAGUCCGUAGGUAGAAAUAAAACUAAAGAUAAUAUAAAAACUCACUCAGCUGCUGAAACUUGAUAUUUCUUACUUACUAUCUUUUAUUUUUCCUCUUAAUCUAGUCUCUGUGAGAUGUGUCGGAAAGUUGAAUGAUAUACUUUAUUUUUCAGAAAUUCAAUUCUUAUUAGAUUUGAAAUUAUAUGGAAUGUACAUUAGUUAUUUAACAGAAUCGUUAUAUUGCUAAUGAAUCUGAGUCAUAUAGACAAUAUACUUCUAGUUUACAUGCUUUAUAUAUCAGAAACUGAAAAAAAUCAAUGACAUGGAAAGUAAAGCAUACAUUCAAUACAUUAAAUAUGAUAUAUUUGAUGUUUAGUUGCACCUUACUCCAAUGCCUUAAGUCUUUUUAUUGUUUUGAAAUCAGAAUGGUUUCAGUGCUGUUUAUGAAAUUACAAGGAGAAUGUUCACAUAUGUGGUGUAUCUCUAUGAGAUGUUACAAAUAUUCACCUCACUGACCUCCAUAUGUUGGAUUUGGACUUUAAGAUGUUGCUUUAUUAAAACAAGCUUUCAGUACACAUUUACAGACUGACAGAACACGAAUCAGCGGGGUGACACAUUAUUUGUAGGUUUCAGGAAUGAGACAAAUUAUCUCAGAAUAUCAGGUUUUCCUAAAUCAUGCAAUACCAUGUCAAUGCUAA